AUGGUUUCCAACGGACCCAAUGGCCGCCCAUUGUUUUGGGGACAGGAGGAUGAGCCGGAAUACAUGGGCUUCACAUCGUCAAGCUAUGCUCUUCGUUACAUGGAUUGCUAUGACUGUACGCAGCAGCUGAUUAGUGCGUGCUCUGAGUGUAUCCGGCUUCAGGUGCUCCACAACAAUCGCUUGGAUUUAUCGCAUAUUCGCCACAUCGUUGUGAGCCACACAAUGAUGAACUGCUACUGUGGACGGGGAGUUUUCCGUCCUUUGACGCCAGAUAUUCUAGCGGAAGUUGCAGGCAGUUUCAUCCCGGACCAACCGACUCUUCCCAACAUGGUCCCUGGUGCAAACAUCGAUCCUGUUCUGGCGCAUGCAGCGGCAAUCGGAUAUGCAGGAGUUCAUCCAGGCGCGAACCCACACGGCAUGCAACAGACCUAUAUGCAAAUGUGGGUAACCCAGUCUGACAGCAUGCAGUCAUAUGGAGUCAUUCCGGGAGGCAUAUAUCCUUGGUCAAUGCAACCAGAGGUAUGGCAGGUUCCAAGCUCUCACUCAGUAGUCAUUCCACCAAUGUGGAUGCCUCCACCAAUGUGGAUGCCAACACCAAUCUGUUCAAUCAUUCCACCAGCGACGGUGCCUCCACCAAUACUGCCUCAAAGCACGCAGUCGAGAAUGAUUGAAACAGUGAUGGUACCUCCAACUACGCAGGCCCCACCAACGCUACCCCAAAGCAUGCAGGCCGGAGUCAUGCCACCAGUAAGGGUGCCUUCGCCAACUCAGCCUUCAAACAUGCAGCAAACAAGCAUGCAGUCUGGAGUGAUUCCAGCGGUUCAACAUCCUCGGUUCAAACAACCAGGUGUGAAGCAGAAUCGAAACAUGCAGUCCGGAGUCAUUCCACCAAUGACGAUGCCUCCACCAAUGCUGCCUCAAAGCACGCAGUCGGGAAUCAUUGAAACAGUGACGGUACCUCCAACAAUGAAGCCUCUACCAAUUCUGCCUCAAAGUAUGCAGUCCGGAGUCGUUCCCGGAAUCAAGCAUCCUCGGUUUAAGCAACCACAAGUGAGGCAGGCUCCAAGUAUGCAGCCUGGAAUCAUUCCACCAUUGACGAUGCCUCCACCAAUGCUACCUCAAAGUAUGCAGUCCGGAGUCGUUCCCGGAGUCAAGCAACCGGAAGUGAGGCAGGCUCCAAGUAUACAGUCUGGAAUCAUUCCACCAUUGACGAUGCCUCCACCAAUGCUACCUCAAAGUAUGCAGUCCGGAGUCGUUCCCGGAGUCAAGCAACCAGAAGUGAGGCAGGCUCCAAGUAUACAGUCUGGAAUCAUUCCACCAUUGACGAUGCCUCCACCAAUGCUGCCUCAAAGUGUGCAGCCCGAAGGCUUUCCAUCAAUGAGGGUGCCUCCUCCCACGCUGCCUCAAAGCACGCAGUCCGGAGUCAUGCCACCAGUUUGGGUGCCUCCGCCAACGCAGCCUUCAAACAUGCAGCAUACAAGCAUACAGUCUGGAGUCAUUCCGAAAGUCAAACAUCGUCAGUCCAAACAAAGAGGUGUAAGGCGGGAUCCAGGAAUACAGUCUGGAGUCAUUCCACCUGGGUGGAUACCUCCACCCACGCAGCCACCACCAAUGCUGCCUCAAAGCGUGCAGUCCGGAAUCAUACCACCAAUGACGAUGCCUCCACCAAUGCUGCCUCAAAGUAUGCAGUCCGGAGUCGUUCCCGGAAUCAAGCAUCCUCGGUUCAAGCAACCAGAAGUGAGGCAGGCUCCAAGUAUGCAGUCUGGAAUCAUUCCACCAUUGACGAUGCCUCCACCAAUGCUGCCUCAAAGUGUGCAGCCCGAAGGCUUUCCAUCAAUGAGGGUGCCUCCUCCCACGCUGCCUCAAAGCACGCAGUCCGGAGUCAUGCCACCAGUUUGGGUGCCUCCGCCAACGCAGCCUUCAAACAUGCAGCAUACAAGCAUUCAGUCUGGAGUCAUUCCGAAAGUCAAACAUCGUCAGUUCGAACAAAGAGGUGUAAGGCGGGAUCCAGGAAUACAGUCUGGAGUCAUUCCGCCAGGGUGGAUACCUCCACCCACGCAGCCACCACCACUGCAGCCUCAAGACAUGCCAUCCGGAGUCAUUCCACCAGUGACAAUGCCUCCACCAAUGCUGCCUCAAAGCGUGCAGUCCGGAAUCAUACCACCAAUGACGAUGCCUCCACCAAUGCUGCCUCAAAACAUGCCAUCCGGAGUCAUUCCACCAAUGACGAUGCCUCCACCAAUGCUGCCUCAAAGCACGCAGUCGGGAAUCAUUGAAACAGUGACGGUACCUCCAACAAUGAAGCCUCUACCAAUUCUGCCUCAAAGUAUGCAGUCCGGAGUCGUUCCCGGAAUCAAGCAUCCUCGGUUUAAGCAACCACAAGUGAGGCAGGCUCCAAGUAUGCAGCCUGGAAUCAUUCCACCAUUGACGAUGCCUCCACCAAUGCUACCUCAAAGUAUGCAGUCCGGAGUCGUUCCCGGAGUCAAGCAACCGGAAGUGAGGCAGGCUCCAAGUAUACAGUCUGGAAUCAUUCCACCAUUGACGAUGCCUCCACCAAUGCUGCCUCAAAGCAUGCAGUCCGGAGUCGAACCAGAAGUGAGGCAGGCUCCAAGUAUGCAGUCUGGAAUCAUUCCACCAUUGACGAUGCCUCCACCAAUGCUGCCUCAAAGUGUGCAGCCCGAAGGCUUUCCAUCAAUGAGGGUGCCUCCUCCCACGCUGCCUCAAAGCACGCAGUCCGGAGUCAUGCCACCAGUUUGGGUGCCUCCGCCAACGCAGCCUUCAAACAUGCAGCAUACAAGCAUUCAGUCUGGAGUCAUUCCGAAAGUCAAACAUCGUCAGUUCGAACAAAGAGGUGUAAGGCGGGAUCCAGGAAUACAGUCUGGAGUCAUUCCACCAGGGUGGAUACCUCCACCCACGCAGCCACCACCACUGCAGCCUCAAAACAUGCCAUCCGGAGUCAUUCCACCAGUGACGAUGCCUCCACCAAUGCUGCCUCAAAGCAUGCAGUCUGGAGGCAUUCCACCAGGGUGGAUGCCUCUAUCCAUCCAGUCUUCAAGUGUACCGUAUGGAGUCAAUCCAGGAGUCAACCAUCCUCGAUCUUAG